AUGUCAGUGGACCCACUAUAUAUUGGUAAUUUAACAAUCCCAUCUGGAAACUGCGAGGAAAACGAGUUCCUGGCAAAUAUUGGAUUACUAUCUACGACAACAAUGACGCGUCGUCAGUUGAAGAAACCCAAAAAGCUGGUGGCCGAAUGCGAAAACGAUGAGCUAUUUAUUAAACGCCCCGCUUUCAGGAGGAUUGCUGAAGAGCCAGCGAUCCAGGAGAAGAUUAAGCCAGAAGUGUCGUCCAAGAGGACUGCGGCCUUUUCAAAAGGGUCGUUCAAAACAUCUGAAGACUUCUCGGAGGACGAUGAGGGGCAGGUCGAACCUUACCCAACUGAUUCUGUACUUGGCAAGAGAUUGUACCACUUCCUGAAGUAUCUCAGCUCUCACCGUUGGAUUUGGUGCGAGUUUGUGGACUCCUUCCUGGACAAACCGACCCUGGGCAUGGGCUACGAUAUGAAGCGGUUUAUAGCAGAGUACUGUCCGCUCCUGGAAUGCCGCUUCUUGCCCCGCAGAGGUUGGCAGCUGGUACGCCGGAGUAUGGGAAAGUCGCGUCGAUUUUCCCCCGCCUUCAUCGAACUGGAACGCAAGGAAUUGGAGUGCCAACGUCGCCUUGUCCGCCAGUUGCAGCAGCAUCGGUUCAAUUCCAAGGAGAACAUGGCCUACAUGGACCAGAUACCCAAGCGAAUUCCUCUGCCACUGGCCGCGGAUGCCAAGGUCAGUGGGUUUCUGCACGGACAUUCCCUCAAGGGCAUCAUCAAUGGCAUUGUCAUGGGCUAUGAUCCGCAGGACUACACCUACUUGGUUCGGUUCGCUAGAAAUGGCAAUGCAGUCGUACUCAGUCUACCCGAUUCGCGGCUCUAUUCCGAUCAGGAAACCGCAACUGUUCCCUUGUCCAUCAUAAUGCGCGGCAACAAAUCGACCUCGAUUAUAUCGGAGAGUGCCAAGAGCGAGAAGUUCGGGAACAAAAGGUACAACAAGGAGCUCUUAGAGUCCGUGCUGAAGGUCAGUAAACUACAGGGUGUUAAGCAGAAGAUCGUAAUGGACUUGGCCCAAAUGAAUGAGGAUUUCGAGGCUUGCAAGGAGGCGGGUCCUACAAGUAGUCGUCGCGAUGCCAAGGUCACUCCUCAGCGGGAGAAUCUCCAGCGUCGCUAUGCGGCCAGCAUGAUAACGCUGCACCGUUUGAAUACCGAUAUCCUGGAAUCACUGCGCGUCCUGCACGAAUACCUCGCCGAGUAUCAGAAGCAGGAGGAGGAGCAGGAGGCCAAGCAAGGUCGUCCCGCCAGCGAAGUCUAUCAGAAGUGUCGCAUGCAGGCGGAACAGGAUCUCAAGACGGCCGGAGAUGAGAAGUUCCUGAAGAUCGAGUCGGACCGCACGCGUGAGUUCGUCCGCAACCUUCACACCAUACUGUACCUCAAUGGGAAGCUGGGUCGCGAGAACACCGCCGAUAUGGAGACGAUUAUCGCAGAUCUUAUUGCCCAUAUGGUGGACAAUAUCCAGCCAUCGCUGGGCCGCCAAUUCAAGGAGGCCCUGGACGCGCUGGUGCCGCUGCGUCAGCAGGUGGUUAAAAUAUUCAACGAUGUUCAAAAAACGGAGCGCUUCCACAUCACCCAACAGUCUCCGAUGCAAACGGAGGAUGGUAUCUACAACUUUGUGGUCGAGGCACAUCGAGAUCCUCCCUGCUAAACACACUUCUGGACCCUUGGCAUACUGAA